UAAUGUCAUAUUUGGUAUGGUAUUUUGUACCUACAGUAGUUCAUUUGUUUUUUGUAUUAUAGUAAAGUAUAUAAUUAUAAUUGUAACAUAAAAUAGACGCAAUGUUAGUUUUCAGUGGUGCUACAUAAGUUCAAUUGUUUUUAUGUUUAAUAAAACAGUUAUUAGUCAGGCAUUACCUACUUAUAUUGUACACGACGCGAUCGGUGAAUCGAAGCGAUCCGCAGUGGUUCGCAAAGAGCUGAUAGUUGUUUAUCGCAACCGACGCUAUAUAUAGGAGUGCGGCAAGCGGUUUUGCAGUUAUUGUGUCACGGUCUUCCACGCAGGACAGUGUCCUCCGCGACAGGCAAACAAAAUGGCUUCCAGAGACCCUGCUUCUGAUCAACUUGUCAACUACAAAAAAUCCGUUAAGGACUCACCUGGUUACAUCACCACCAAAUAUGGGGCACCAGUUGGAGUAAAGACUGCAAUACAAACCAUUGGAAAGAAUGGUCCAGUUCUCCUUCAAGAUGUUGAGUUUUUGGAUGAGAUAUCCUCAUUUGACAGGGAACGUAUCCCAGAGAGGGUUGUACAUGCUAAGGGAGCAGGUGCCUUUGGAUAUUUCCAGGUUACUCACGACAUAUCCAAGUACUCAGCCGCCAAGCUCUUUGAAAGUAUUGGCAAGGAAACACCUAUUGCCGUAAGAUUCUCAACUGUCGGAGGAGAAAGUGGUUCAGCUGACACAGUCCGUGAUCCCAGAGGAUUUGCUGUCAAGUUCUACACUGAUGAUGGCAUAUGGGACUUAGUUGGAAACAACACUCCCAUCUUUUUCAUUAGAGAUCCUACACUAUUCCCCAGUUUCAUUCAUACUCAGAAGCGAAACCCAGCCACACAUUUGAAGGAUCCCGAUAUGUUCUGGGACUUUAUGACUUUGAGGCCCGAGACUAUGCACCAGUUGAUAUAUAUGUUUGGAGAUAGAGGCAUCCCCGAUGGUUACAGAUUCAUGAACGGCUAUGGUUCUCACACAUACAAACUUAUUAACGCCCAAGGCGUAGCACACUGGGUAAAGUUCCAUUAUAAGACUAACCAGGGCAUCAAAAAUUUAGCUGUGGACAAGGCAGCUGAGCUGGCUUCAACAGAUCCUGAUUACUCUAUUAGAGAUCUUUACAAUGCUAUUGGUAAAGGCGAAUUCCCAACUUAUACUCUGUAUAUCCAAGUGAUGACAAUGGCUCAAGCAGAUGGAUGCAAGUUCAAUCCAUUUGACUUGACCAAGAUUUGGCCCCACUCUGACUACCCUCUUAUACCUGUUGGUAAGCUAGUACUGAACAGGAAUCCCAAGAACUAUUUUGCAGAGGUAGAACAGAUAGCUUUCAGCCCGUCAAACUUAGUUCCUGGCAUUGAGCCAUCCCCUGACAAGAUGUUGCAAGGACGACUGUUCGCCUACAGUGACACCCAUAGACACCGUCUCGGAGCGAAUUAUCUCCAGAUACCAGUGAACUGUCCAUACCGGGUUACUGUUUCUAAUUACCAGCGUGAUGGACCCCAAGCCAUCAAUAACCAGGACCAAGCACCUAACUACUUCCCCAAUUCAUUUGCUGGACCACAGGAAUGUCCACGCGCCCAACGCCUCCGCGCGAGGUACACCGUCAGUGGUGAUGUCGACAAAUACGACAGUGGCCAGACCGAAGACAACUUCUCACAGGCAACGGUUUUGUACAAACAGGUAUUCAGUGAUGCUGAAAAACAGCGCACCGUUGCCAACCUUGUAGGCAAUUUGAAGGACGCCGCCGGGUUCUUGCAAGAACGGGCUGUGAAACUUCUCACACAAGUUCACCCAGAUCUUGGCAGCAAAGUAUCUGCUGGUCUCGCUCCAUUUAAAAAAUACCACGCUAACUUGUAAAUUACGGGGGCACUUUUGACAUGUAACGGUGCUUUUUUUAAAAAUCUUUUAUAUUUUUACUUGGGACAUCAGUACAGCAUGGCAUAAGUUUGGAAGUACAUAUUAUUUACACUUCUGUUAUUGUAUAAUAUAUUUUUUUAUUAUUA